AUGGUGUCAGCAACAUCGCUACUCGUAGCACUGAUAGUGCCAUUCCUUACGGUUUGCAUACUCUUCGUUCGAAAACGCUACACAUUCUGGACCCGUCAAGGCAUUCCCUCGGUUGAAACACGUUUCCCUCUGGGGCACAUCCAGCACUCUUCCCAUCUGAUGGUCGAUCUUUACCGCCAACUCAAGGGAAGGCAUCCGUUUGGAGGAAUAUUCCGGUUCACAGAACCGGUUGCACUCGUUACGGAUCCGAAAAUGGUGAGGAAUGUGAUCGUGCGUGAUUUUCGAUAUUUCUACGAUCGCGGAGGAUAUGCCAACGCCGCACAUGAUCUGCUUUCCGGCAGCUUGCUGAACGGAGAGGGCAAACAGUGGGCAACGAUACGGCAGGCAACGGUUGGUUUAUUUUCCACCGUCAAACUGAAAGCAAUGUAUCCCGCAAUGGUGCAGAUGGUUGAUCGUUUCCGGAUGGUGUUGAACGCGAAGCUGACACAGGAGAGUGAGGUCAAAAUUGACCUAAAGGAAUGGCUAUCCCGCUUGACGGUGGAUAUCGUUAGCUGCGUGUUGCUCGGCAUCGAAGCAAACAGUCUCAACGACCAAGAAGGAGGUCUUUAUGGGCUGAUCGGUAGACAAACGUUCCUUGUGCCGAAGCUUUGGGAGUUGUUUCUGAUGACUUCGUUCCGUCCGCUAGCGAAAGCGAUCGGUUUGCGAAUUUAUCCCCGCGAGCUCGGUGAAUUGUUUCACCGGAUGACACAAGAUAUGAUCGAAUACCGGAAGAAGCAUUUGGAUGUGCAGCGAAAUGAUCUCGUCGAUCGGUUAUUCAACCUGACGAAGACGGAUGAAGGUGGCCGAAGGUUGACGGAGCAUGGAAUCGCUGCUAAUGUGUACGGAUUCUUGGCGGCUGGCUAUGAAACAACGUCCACCACCGUUUCGUACUGUCUGCUCGAGCUAGCGAAGCAACCGGACUUACAAGAACGUGCCCGGAAGUGCGCCAUGGAUACAUGGGAUAAGUAUGGUGAGCUGACGUAUGAGUCGUUGUUCGAUAUGCCGUACAUUGAUCAGUGCUUGAAUGAAACCCUGCGAAAGUAUCCGCCCGGGAUCAACAUAAUCCGAGUGGUUACCGAGGACUACGCCGUGACCGGCACGCACUUCGUACUACGGAAAGGGACACACGUUAUCGUUCCUGUCUACGCCAUCCAUCACGACGAGGAGUACUACCCGGACCCGGAACGUUUCGAUCCGGAACGGUUCACGCCGGAAGCGUGUGGUGCACGAAAACCGUACACAUUUCUGCCGUACGCCGACGGCCCAAAGAUGUGUGUUGCCCAUCGCAUGGGCAAGAUGCAGGUGAGGCUCCUGUUAGCGAUGUUGCUGUGCAGAUAUCGGUUUGAAUGGUGCCCCGAGACACAGAUAGCACUAUCGAAUGCGCAUACCGUUAUCAGGAUGAGAGAUGGAUUGCUGGUGAAGGUGUUGCGAUUAUGA